AUUAUCGCGGUGUACCUCUUUGGCUGCGGCCCCCUUAUCCUAUCUGAGUCACCCGGUCUGUGUCUUGUUCGAGCCUUUCCCGACUCUGAUACAACAAGAAACGAAUAAGCCACGCUUUCCCGUCACUUGAACAAGUACCUAGCCCACCUGCUUACUUUCCUAAGUCCUGUACUUCUUUCACCACUGUGCCGUCAUACAGAGACAAAGCAAUCUCUCAACUCGCAAACAGCGAAAUCAGGAAGAAACACAAGACCUACCAUCAUCUUACCUAAUCAUCAUCUGUCCGACGUGACUCAAUCACCUCUCCAGACCUCUCCCUUCACGUAUUUCCAUCCUAUUCUUGAACCUACGGACAGCCAUUCUUCUACUGUCCAGUAUUCAUUGUUCAUCAAGCAGCCUUCGUCCUUGCAUCAUUAUUUUUCGCCUUAUAUCUUUAAUCCAUCCGUGUUGAUACCGUCAUCGACCCUUAAAUACCGUGUUCCUUUUCUUUUGAAGACGUCCCUAUCGAACCGUAUUCCUUGUUCCUUGGAAAUAGAUCUACUCCAAACCGUAGUCUACGUCCGAUCAAAGCCAACCUCAUAUACUAUCAAUCGUUUUGAACCAUCGUAUCCGGUCGACCAACCCACUUUUCAUCAUGGCUUUUGAUCAAGCUCGAGAUCUCCGAAGCUUCGCCCAGGACUCGAAGCGUUUCAAGCAGCACGUAGAAAAGUGGUCUCGGGGAUCUCGGCCCUCGGCUGGAUGCAAGUACAACCGGUCAGACGACACGAUCAUCACAGGAAGCCAAAGCCAACGUGAAAAACUUCGACCCGAGGGACUCAACCAUCACUCCAACCGUCUAGCAAACCAGAAUAUCGUCAAGCCUCGCGAUAAGGACCGAUACCACCUCCGAUCAAGCUACUCGCGGGUCAAAAUAGACACGUUACAAGAGUUGCACGACCCGUCCAACAUUUCGCGAUCCCUCUACGAUCUUCUACCGUCGCCUCAGAGCCGACGAAGUUCUAUCGUUUCGGAUAAUGUUCUCUAUAGCUUCGACAGGGUUGACAGUCCAGGCAGACCGUUAACGCUAGACGCCUUUGUAAAGACCAAUCCUAAGGAGACGGAGAAGUUCGUAGAGAAGGAGUACGAGAUACUCGACCAAAAUGGAGAUGCUCUGAAAGGCCGAAAGGCCCGACAGAAUCUCCGUCGACGGAACCACGCGUCAGCAGCACAGGAACCCGAUAUUAUUGAGGACGACGGCUUCGAGCUCGUAUAAAUAAUAUCUCAGCUAUACUCGGCUCGGGGCAAAUAGUACGGCACAGGCCCUAUAUACCGUGUGGUUGGAGGCUUUCUGGUAAUAUUCAAUAUGACCGAUACGAUUCUUUUCUUUUU